GGUGAGGGGGAGAAAGUCCCACAAUCCGUGUUGUACAGCGUUAGUGGAGUGACUCGUUUGGUGUCAAGAUGAAAAAGAUUGUUGGUGCAUUGUUUGUAGCCAGCUUUUGCUUCUAUGUACUGCUACACAAGGGUCCAACCCCUGCACGGCGCUUUGUCAGAGGAUUGUACGAAGAGCUAGCCUUGAAUGUGGUUGAUUCUGUGUGUAAGGCUACGCUUUACCCAAAUGUGUGCUUCUUAACUCUUCAUGCUCUUAACCCUCAAACCACUACAUCUGGAGGGUCCAUUAAGGAUAUGGCCAUAGUUUCGCUGGAAGUGAGCCUUCAAGAGGUUCAAAAGCUCUCAAUGUUGAGCAACGAUGAGAUUAGUCAUGGUACGAUUGAGGAUUGUGGGACGCUAUUUGAAUCUUCGCUUCGCCAUCUGAACGGAUCUUUGGAAAUGCUGAGGAAGUCCGGGGAGUGGAAGAAGGAGCAGGCAGACGACGUGAAGACAUGGCUCAGCGCUUCACUCACCGACCUCGAUACAUGCAAGCAGCCAUUUGAAGCACUCAACACACGUGUUACCAAACUGGUGAGCAAUUCUCUCGCCAUUGUCAACUUAAUUCCUGUUCUUGUGGGCUCCAUUCAUCGCCGCCUUUUAUCCGAAGCACCAUCUCUGGAAGAUGGUUUCCCAAGCUGGUUGUCUCCCAACGAUCGGCGGCUUCUUCAGAGCCCUCCUGGAGGCGGCGUGGCGGCGGACGUGGUGGUGGCGGCGGACGGCACCGGGAAUUACAAGACCAUCUCUGAAGCAGUGGAAGGUGCUCCCAGUAAGAGUAAUGGGAGAUAUGUAAUCCAUGUCAAAGCUGGUGUGUACACAGAGCGUGUUACCGUGUCGAAAGAUAAUAUCAUGCUCAUUGGAGAUGGGAAAGACGCUAGCGUCGUUAGUGGCAGCAAGUCUGGAUCUUCCCUCAAGUCCAUUCCAACUUUCGCUGCGACUGGGAAAGGAUUUAUUGCACGGGACAUAGGAUUUGAGAACACAGCAGGAGCAAACGACGGCCAGGCCAUUGCGCUCCGAGCGGCAUCAGAUCAAUCAGUGUAUUAUCGUUGCAGCCUGAAGAGCUACCAAGACACUCUCUACGCUUAUUCUCUUCGCCAGUUUUACAGAGAAUGCGACAUCUAUGGCAGCGUCGAUUUCAUAUUCGGCAACGCAGCCGCAGUGUUCCAGAGCUGCAAUAUAAUCUCCCGUCAACGUGGCGGCGGGAGUGCAAACUAUAUUACGGCGCAUGGGAGAACUGAUCCCAACCAAAAUACGGGCUUCUCCAUCGAUGAGUGCAAGGUCACGGGUUCGAUGCGCACAUAUUUGGGAAGACCAUGGAAGCAAUACGCUCGUACGGUAUUCAUGCAGUCUUACUUGGAUGGUAGCAUUGAUCCAGCUGGUUGGUCCGAGUGGUCGGGAAGUUCUUCCACAAAAACAGUAUAUUAUGGAGAAUAUAUGAACAAUGGGCCAGGCGCAGGAGCUGCAAAGCGAGUGCAGUGGCCUGGAUAUCAUAUCAUUUCAACUGCAGCAGAGGCCACCAAAUUCACUGUAGCAGAGCUCAUCUCUGGAAACUCAUGGUUGCCCUCCACCGGGGUGGCGUUCCGAGCUGGUCUGAUCUCAUGAAGGCAACUGGAUUUACUUUGCAAUGCGUUAUAUAUUGCAAAUAUUCUUACUAUUCAAAAUUUCAUAUGGUAGAUGCAUAUAUAGAACAAUUGUACAUGAUUUCUACUGGUGAGAUUGUGUAUGAUUUCUAUUAGCACGAUUGUGUAAUAAACAACUGUGUAUGAUUUCUAUAAGUGAGAUAGUGUGAUAUGUUAGUUGGUUUAAAGAUUUAUGAAAUCAAGAUAUAUUACAAAUAAAGUUGUUAAAUUCUUUUUUAA